AAAGCAGCACCCCAGUGUUAUUGUGACGUUGCCCGGUUCGCGGGUGAAAGAGCGCUUCGAAUUGAAUCGGCGGCGAGAGCCAAUGCUUCCGCCGAGAGAGGUUUGACUCCUGUCGGUUCCCGUGCACUCUCCCCCAACGCUCGUGGCGUCCUGUUGCCUUGCAACGCUAACGGACUUCCAACGGCUGCAGGCUUCGACUUUCAGGCCGCGUUGUCAGGAGGCAACCCAGAUACUGCUAGCUGCUGGAUCAAAUGUAACAUGUACUCUGUGUGCUUGCUAAGUCCUUCAAAUCUCUUAAAGAGUCCUUUUCUGAAGAAAUUAGUUCCGAACAUAUUGGUAUCAUGAGUCAUAAACUCAGCAAGGAGGAGAUAGAGGAGCAAUUUGAGCAGUUCUUGAAAGAGUCUGUUUCAGAUGAGUCAGUUGAUUUGGAGAAUUCACCAAAAUCUAAUGUUCUGGGUUCACUGGGAAAGCAUACAAGGAAAGAAAUCAAAAAAGAUGCUAACCCAUGGUGGAUUAAUGAUAAUGAUUCUGAUGAAGAACAACCCCCACUGAGGAGAUUUUCUAAACUGAAAAGACAGCCAGCAGUCAUUGAUGCUGGCGUUAAAGCAAUGGUGAAAGAAAUUGGUGAUGUGUGUGUUGGAAAUGCACUGUGUCAAAGUCCAGUCUCCCAGGAGGAUGUGCUGGGAGUCAAUAGGAGCUUUCUCAAAUCACAGAGAUUCUCCCAGUCUAUUGCAGAGAUUGAAGAAGAGCAAAACCAGAAGGAAAGAGAGAGGACGUCUGUAUCUAUCAGUCAAGACAGUUUGGAACCAAACGACUCUACAAUGGCAUCAGGACCUCGGCAAAGUACUCCUGGAGUAGGACUGGAUACACUUGAAGAAGAGGAAGAGAAAGAGAAGUUCUUUGCUAAUCUCGAGAAAGGAGCUUCCUCUACAAUUGACUAUUCGAAACUAAACAAAGAACUUGAAUCCACAGAUUCAAUACCUCUGGCUACUCUGAAUCAAAAUGAAAACCGACUACAAGUACUGGAGAUUGAGGGAACAAAGGAGGAGGAUGAGUCCAGACCUAAAAGCAUCACAGCGUCAAAAUGUUACAGUGAUGAUUUUGAUGAUUAUUCUGAUGCCAAAUUUGGAAGUGAAGACUUUGGAUUAGAUGACAACAUAUUGAAGACUGAAUGUAUUCCAGAAACUGUUGAAACUGUGAAGGAGACAAAAGAGCAGGAAACAGAGCCUGGUAUGCUAGCAAAAGUUGUCCUGCUAGAUUCACUAGAUUCAACUCCUGAUACACAAAAAUUAUUACAAUCUGAGGAUGACAGAUCUAUGAUAAAACCUACAACAGAAGAAAAAUAUGGACAACAAGACCAAGCAUCUCAAAUGUAUACCACUAAUAUUUCCUAUGGACAAACUAAUAGUGAUAUUGAGGCUUUGCAUCAAGCAUAUUGUGACAUUGAUCAGUCUCUGGAAGCCACAGAUGCAGUGCAAAGUAUAAAAAAUGGAAAUAUCAUCAAUUCUGUUCAAGAUCUUCAGAGCCCUGUUAAGGACUCGACCAGGAAUAUUUCUACAGGAGAAUCUGAUUUGUUCACUAUCGAAGAACUAAUGAAACCAAUUAAAGCGGGAGUUCUUGUUCCAAGAGGAUAUGAUUCACAUCCAGUAAGUAAAAAUGCACAGCAGCACUGUGAAGCAACAGAAACAUUUAGAAGAACGAUGGCUAAGGACACCUACAGUGCUGUGCCUUCUGAGUUACAGCUUGACUCCAAUCAUUUAUCUGGAAGACAAAGCACAUAUAUAGAGUUAUCUGAAAAAUUAUUAAAAGAAAACGAGAGCUGUAUGAGUAGAAUUUGUGAAGAAGAUAUGGAAGCAUUACUUGAUGAAGUUAAAUAUGAUCCUACAGUCAAACACUCAGUUUCUGCUUCACAAAAUGUUCCUCACCAAGAUGAUCAGAUUUCAUCAAAAACUAAAAGUCCUAAAGUUAAAAACAAGCCCAUUGAUGGGAACUAUGCUUUUGUCAAGAGUUCAGGAUAUGGCAAAGUCAGUUCAUCAAAGAAAGAAUCCUUUGGAGUUAGUGAAAAAAAGACUUAUCAGAGUCCACCAAAGCAAACUGCACCUAUUAAAGGUUUUAAAGCCAGAUCCCCAGCUGAGCAUGCAAAAGGCAAAUCAAAAGGUCAAUUACAUGCAACACAGACACUCAGACCAGCAAAGCAUAAAUUUAAUGAAAAUGACCUUGGAAGUCCAUUACUUACCUCGGUGCAGUCGUUUACUCUAAGCCACCAGACUAACAGUAAGACAGACCAUGCAAAAUUAAUUGGUGUGCACAUGCAGAACCAGUUACUUACAAGAGCUGAUGAGGAAAUCUCAAUAGAUCAGAGACAGUGUUCAAUAGAACCUAGUAACACAGCGAGAGAACUUGCCCUGCUACAAAAACUGGAAGAAGCACAUGAGAAAUGGAAUAUAGAACAUAACCUCAUGGAGAAGUUGAAAGAAAAUUUGGCAGUGAAAGAAAAGGAACUUAUUGACAAAGAUGAAGAGCUGAAAAAGGUUCCACAACUAAACAAAGAGAUUCUCAUUCUUCAAACAAAGUUGCACAGCUUGGAAGCAAAUAGGAAGAAAUUAAUAUUUGGAGGACCAUUGGAUCCUGUGACUGAAGAAAAGCUGAAAUUAAUUGAAAAGGAAGUUCAGGAACAAGAAACUCUAAUUCAAGGAUACCAUCAGGAAAAUGAAAGACUUUACUCGCAGGUGAAAGAGCUUCAGGUUCUUAAAAAGAGAAAUGAAGAGAAAAUGUUCACAGAAACUCAACACUUAAUGGCAGAAAUACAUCGACUCAAGAAGCAUUCACACAAGGAUAAUAUGAAGCAAGUAUCAGUCCAUGAUGUGCAGUUGACUGAACAAGUUAAAGAUCAGAAUAUUACUGAUUUGCUUUCACAAUUGAGAGUAAAACAGAAAGAAGAGACUAAAUAUAUUGAAGAAAUUAAAAAACUAAAACAAGAGAAGCAAGCAUUAAUGGUGGACGUGGAAAAGAUGUCAAAAGAGUGUAAUGUGGCUAAAAUGCAACUUACUUAUACUUCAGGUGAUAAAGAAUUUGAAAUGAAAAUAAUGGAAGAACAGUACAAGCAAGAAAUCCAGCGUCUCAACAAAAGGUUACAGUGGUAUGCUGAAAACCAGGAGAUGUUGGAUAAGGAUGCAUCACGGCUUAAAGCAGCAAAUCUAGAAAUUGAGAAGCUGAAGGAGCAGGUAGAAAAGCUGACUGCUUAUUCCAGAGAUAAAAAUUCGCCUCCUGAGAAACGUGCAAAAGCGAGGGCUCUGGAAGCCAAACGUAUUCAGGAUCUUGAGCGGCAGAUUAAAGAAAUGGAAGAAAUAAUUCGAAGGCGGUAUCCAAAUUCGUUGCCUGCUCUUAUAUACGCAGCUGCAUCUGUACCUGAAGCAGAUUCUGAAACAGAAGGCAGACUGCAUUCAAGAGCAUUUUUAGAGAAAAGAAUAAAGAAACUAGAAGCUGACCUCGAAGGAAAAGAUGAAGAAGCGAAGAAGAGCUUAAGAGUAAUGGAACAACAAUUCCAAAAAAUAAAGAUUCAGUACGAACAGAGAGUCUCAGACCUUGAACAGUGUUUAGUCGACAAGCUAAUCCAUGAGAGAGAAAAUUUAGAUGACUCUGAUCCAAAAAUGAAGAUACUGGAAGAGGAAAUUUUCAAAUUAAAAGAAGCCCACAAGUCCAAGGAAAAUAGACUCCGAAGUGACAUUGAAAAACUGAAAAAUCAACUUUACCAGACAGAGUUAAAAUUAAUGGAGAGAGAAGAAAGUUCUCUGAGAAUGGCUGACCAGCAUAAGCAACAUUCAUAUCAGCACGCUAAGAUAGAGAAACUCAAUUUAGAACUAGCCACUAAAAACCGAGAGAUACAAGAGCUUUCAAAGACUUUGGAACAUCUACAAAGAGAGAGGAGGGUGCUCCUUAAUAACAAAUCACAGGCAGAGAAAUACACACAACAGAAAUUAAUCAAGAAAUCCAAAAAAGACAAUGAGUGCACAGAAUCUUUCCCAGCAACUUUAGAUGAAAAGAUUUACCAGCCAAAUGACUUUUCUGGUUCUCACAUCUCCGAGGUUCUGAAAGAAAAUGAUAUACUGAAGAGCAACAUCGAAAGACUAUCUUUGGAAGUAGAACAGCAAAGAGCACAGUUAGCCCAAUUUGAAAAUGAAGCAAGGAGAGCACAAGGAGAUAUUGCUGAGCAUGUUGCAGCACUAAAAGCAGCCCAUCAACAAGAAUUAGAACAGAUAUUGACUCAGCAUGCACUGGAACACUCCUCUUCAAAAGUGGCUGAAUUGACAAACAAAAUCUCUGCCCAAGAGGUUAUGAUGAAACAUCUUCGGGAACAAAUUAAUGAGCUCCAGAAAGACCGGGAGGCUCUUUCUUUUACAAAGCUCCGUGAAGAUGCUCUGCAGUCUCAGAUGGCCAAGCUUUUAGAAGAAUUGAGGGAAGCGAAAGAGAAUCAUAGCCCAGAGAUGAAACACUUCUUGGCUUUGGAAAGGAAAAUUCAGAAGAUGGAGUUCAAGUAUGCUCAGAGAGAGCAAGAAUUCCAACAGUUAAUUCAACAAGCAAGGCAUAGUGCUGAUGCAGAACAAAUUCAAGAGGUUGAGAAGUGGAAGAAGUUAGCACAGUUUAAAAAUCAUGAACUGGAAAAUUUCAGAACAGAGCUGGACUCUAUAUUGGAUGUUCUUCGUGAACUGCAGAGACAAGGGGUUGUUAUUCCAGCUCCUAGUUCCACGAGACAAACUAUCUCAACGUUUACUAGGCAAUUGUAAUUCUAUAAAAUUAAUAUGUUAUGGAAUUGCACUCAUGUUAUGGAAUUUGUAUUCAUACAUGCAGCCUGUGAAGCUGUGCCAUGGUGUUGUUUGAUCAUAAAAGGUCUGUUCUUUGUGCACAAAUGGUAAGUUGUUUGGGAGAAACAUGUUUGCCAAGGCUUGCUCCUGAUUUUGUUUGAUUAGACUUGGUUUAAAAACUGCUGAUUAAUUCAAAUUUUUACGUGAAUCUUAUUCAGGUACUUUUAAUUUUGUUUUUUCAUUCCACCAGAAUGUUACAGAUAUAUUGUUUUUAUCAAUGCAUCAUAAAUAUCAAUCUUACAGUUUCUGUAAAAUCAUUUUAUUUAAUUCUAAUUAAAAGUGAAUUAAAUUCUCAUGAACAGAAUAGAAAGCACAGAAGAACAUCAUUCUGCUCAUUUUGUCUGUGCCAGCUUUCAGCUUUGUUCUACACCUGCACCUUAUCCCAUAGGCUUAUGCAGUUCAUUUAUCACCAAAUAGAGCUGUCAUUAUUCAGUUACCUGGAAGUCGGUGUGCA